AUGAUCGAGGAUCAAGACAAAGUCUUUGAGGAUGAUGUUCAAACCAUUGUUAUUAUAGAUUCGGACGAGGAGAAUGAAUAUUUAGAAUCAUGCUAUGAGGAUUUAUUAUGGCUUGAGGAUGGGGAAAUCGGAAGUGAUGAAGAAGAAGUGGAUAUGUUUUCAUUCACUUCAGACAGUGAUCUUGUUCAUUCUUCCGAAGAUGAAGAGGAAGAUUUCUAUAAUGAAUCCAUUCUAACAACACUAGAAUCCAAGUAUGAUUAUUUGAAUGUUGACGACUCACUAGAAUUUUCCAUUCUCAAUCAUGGUCAAAUAUUUGGAGGUCAAAACACUCAUAGAAAUCACGACAUGAAACGAGUGAAAAGCAAAUACAAGAAGCAGAGAAUAAAUCCAAAGCGAAGAAUUCACCACAGAGAAUAUAAAAAGAGAUUGGAGGAGGAAAACGACAAGAUGGAAAUGCGAGGCUCAAAAGUUUAUGUACCUCCUACCAUUUCAUAUGCGAACCGCAACAACAACAACACUUCGAGCGCUCCGAAUCUAUAUCGUCAUGCUCACUUUGCACCACCAAGAAGUGAGGAAGAAGAACAAUUACAAUUAGCCAUGGCUCUUUCAGUGGAACAUCAUGAAAUGUCGAAUAUGGCUCGAGAAUGUGGUAUGGACAUGAGUGUAUUACUCGCCCUCACGACUCGAGAAUUAACCGAGAAGGAUUAUGAACUAUUGUUGCAAUUAGACAAUGGUGUGAAAAAGAAGACUGUUUGCAGUUCAGCAUUAUUGAGCUUACCAACAUGUAUUUUAUCAUUUGAGGAGAAAUUGGUUUCAACAACGUUUGUGGAAGAGGAAAUGCCACAAGUGUGCCAAGGUGACAUGUGUGUCACAUGUAUGUGUGAUUUUGAGGAGGGUGAAGAAUUGAAAUGGAUUCCAAAAUGCGGUCACAUCUUUCACAAGGAUUGCAUCGAUUCUUGGCUGGAGUCUCAAUCAACAGUUUGCCCAAUUUGUAGAGUUGAUGUUGCCGAUUCGUGA